UCCGCGCCCCGUCGGCGCCCGGGCGCGCGCUCUCACUCCCAGCCCGGAGCUGCGGCCGCGCAGGUCCCACCCGCGCCCAAGGGCCGGAGAUGCAGCCGGGCGCCGCUCCGAGCCUGCGCCUGUGGCUCUGCCUGGGAUUCUUCCAAGGCCUGGCAAAUGGCUACUCCAUGACCCCUCCAACCCUGAACAUCACAGAGGAUUCAUAUGUCAUUGACACCGGGGACAGCCUGUCCAUAUGCUGCAGGGGGCAGCACCCCCUCGAGUGGACCUGGCCAGGGGCCCAAGAGGUACUGACCGCAGGCGGGAAGGAUGGUGAGGACACACAGAUUGUGCAAGAUUGUGAAGGCACGGAAACCAGGCCGUACUGCAAGGUGCUGCUGCUGGCCCAGACCCAUGCCAACAACACAGGCAGCUACCAAUGCUACUACAAGUACAUCAAGGCCCGAAUUGAGGGCACCACAGCCGCCAGCACCUAUGUGUUCAUAAGAGACUUUGAACAGCCUUUCAUCAACAAACCCGACACCCUCCUGGUCAACAGGAAGGACUUCACGUGGGUGCCCUGCUUGGUGUCCAUCCCUGGCCUCAACAUCACGCUCCGCUCGCAAAGCUCAGUGCUGCACCCCGAUGGGCAGGAGGUGCUGUGGGAUGACCGCCGGGGCAUGCGGGUGCCCACUCUACUCCUGCGUGACGCCCUGUACCUGCAGUGCGAGACCACCUGGGGCGACCAGGACUUCCUUUCCAACCCCUUCCUCGUGCACAUGACAGGCAAUGAGCUCUAUGACAUCCAGCUGUACCCCAAGAAGUCACUGGAGCUGUUGGUUGGAGAGAAGCUGGUUUUGAACUGCACAGUGUGGGCUGAGUUUGACUCGGGUGUCACCUUCGACUGGGAUUAUCCAGGGAAGCAGGCGGAGAGGGCUAAGUGGAUACCUGAGCGGCGUUCCCAGCAGACCCACACAGAACUCUCCAGCAUCCUGACCAUCCACAAUGUCAGCCAGCACGACCUGGGCCCCUAUGUGUGUGAGGCCAACAAUGGCAUUCAGCGGUUCCGGGAGAGCACGGAGGUCAUUGUGCACGAAAAGCCUUUCAUCAGUGUCGAGUGGCUCAAGGGACCUGUCCUGGAGGCCACAGCCGGCGACGAGCUGGUGAAGCUGCCUGUGAAGCUGACGGCCUACCCCCCGCCGGAGUUCCAAUGGUACAAAGACAGAAAGGCAGUGACCGGGCGCCACAAUCCACAUGCUCUGGUGAUCAAAGAGGUGACCGAGGCCAGCGCAGGCAUGUACACUCUCGCCCUGUGGAACUCUGCGGCUGGUCUGAGGCAGAACAUCAGCCUGGAGCUGGUGGUGAACGUGCCGCCCCACAUCCAUGAAAAAGAAGCCUCCUCGCCCAGCAUCUACUCCCGCCACAGCCGCCAGACCCUCACCUGCACCGCCUACGGGGUACCCCAGCCUCUCAGUGUCCAGUGGCACUGGAGACCCUGGACACCCUGCAAGACGUUCACCCAGCGCAGCCUCCGGAGGCGGCAGCAGCGGGAUCGAAUGCCCCAGUGCCGAGACUGGAAGGAGGUGACUACCCAGGAUGCUGUGAACCCCAUCGAGAGCCUGGACACCUGGACCGAGUUUGUGGAGGGGAAGAAUAAGACGGUGAGCAAGCUGGUGAUCCAGGAUGCCAACGUGUCCGCCAUGUACAAGUGUGUGGUCUUCAACAAAGUGGGCCAGGACGAGCGGCUCAUCUACUUCUAUGUGACCACCAUCCCGGACGGCUUCAGUAUCCAAUCAGAGCCUUCUGAGGAUCCGUUAGAAGGCCAGUCCGUGCGCCUCAGCUGCCGGGCGGACAACUACACAUACGAGCAUCUGCGCUGGUACCGCCUCAACCUCUCAACCCUGCACGACGCACACGGGAACCCCAUCCUCCUCGACUGCAAGAACGUGCACCUGUUUGCCACGCCCCUCGAGGCCAACUUAGAGGAGGCGGAGCCGGGGGCCCGCCACGCCACCCUCAGCUUGAAUAUCCCCCGGGUGGCGCCCGAGCACGAGGGUGACUACGUGUGUGAGGUGCAGGACAGACGCAGCCAGGACAAGCACUGCCACAAGAAGUACCUGUCCGUGCAGGCCCUGGAAGCUCCUCGGCUCACGCAGAACUUGACCGACCUCCUGGUGAACGUGAGCGACUCGCUGGAGAUGCGGUGCCCGGUGGCUGGAGCGCAUGUGCCCAGCAUUGUGUGGUACAAAGACGAAAGGCUCCUGGAGAAAGAGUCCGGGAUCGACCUGGCAGACUCGAAUCAGAGGCUGAGCAUCCAGCGCGUGCGAGAGGAGGACGCCGGACGUUACCUUUGCAGCGUGUGCAAUGCCAAGGGCUGCGUAAACUCCUCGGCCAGCGUGGCGGUGGAAGGCUCCGAAGAUAAAGGCAGCAUGGAGAUUGUGAUACUCAUUGGCACUGGUGUCAUCGCUGUCUUCUUCUGGGUCCUCCUCCUGCUCAUCUUCUGUAACAUGAAAAGGCCUGCCCACGCAGACAUCAAGACGGGCUACCUGUCCAUCAUCAUGGACCCCGGGGAGGUGCCUUUGGAGGAGCAGUGUGAAUACCUGUCCUAUGACGCCAGCCAGUGGGAGUUCCCCAGGGAAAGGUUACACCUCGGGAGAGUCCUAGGCCACGGGGCUUUUGGGAAGGUUGUGGAAGCCUCGGCUUUUGGCAUCAAUAAAGGCAGCAGCUGUGACACCGUGGCCGUGAAGAUGCUGAAAGAGGGCGCCACUGCCAGCGAGCACCGUGCCCUGAUGUCAGAGCUCAAGAUCCUAAUUCACAUCGGUAACCACCUCAAUGUGGUCAACCUCCUAGGGGCGUGCACCAAGCCCAACGGCCCUCUCAUGGUGAUCGUGGAGUUUUGCAAGUACGGGAACCUCUCCAACUUCUUGCGUGCCAAGCGGGAGGCGUUCAGCCCAUACGCGGAGAAGUCUCCCGAGCAACGCAGGCGCUUCCGCGCGAUGGUAGAAGGCGCCAAGGCUGAUCGGAGGAGACCUGGAAGCAGCGACAAGGCCCUGUUCACGCGGCUGCUGGGCAAGGGAGGAGGCGCACGGCGGGCCCCCCUCGUCCAGGAAGCUGAGGAUCUGUGGUUAAGCCCACUGACCAUGGAAGACCUUGUCUGCUACAGCUUUCAAGUGGCCAGGGGAAUGGAGUUCCUGGCUUCCCGCAAGUGCAUUCACAGAGACCUGGCCGCUCGGAACAUCUUGCUGUCGGAGAGCGACAUAGUGAAGAUCUGUGACUUUGGUCUUGCUCGGGACAUCUACAAAGAUCCUGACUAUGUCCGAAAGGGCAGUGCCCGACUGCCUCUGAAAUGGAUGGCCCCUGAGAGCAUCUUUGACAAGGUGUACACCACGCAGAGUGAUGUGUGGUCCUUUGGAGUGCUGCUGUGGGAAAUUUUCUCCCUGGGAGCCUCUCCAUACCCUGGGGUACAGAUCAAUGAGGAGUUCUGCCAGAGGCUGAAGGACGGCACAAGAAUGAGGGCCCCGGAGUUGGCCACACCUGCCAUACGCCACAUCAUGCAGAGUUGCUGGUCUGGAGACCCUAAAGCGAGGCCUGCUUUCACCGAGCUGGUGGAGAUCCUGGGGGACCUGCUUCAGGGUGGAGGCUGGCAGGAGGAGGAAGAGGAAUGCCUGGCCCUGCACAGCUCUCAGAGCUCAGAGGAGGGUGGCUUCAUGCAGGCGUCCACCACAGCUCUGCACAUCACCGAAGCUGACGCUGAAAGCAGUCCACCGAGCGUGCACGGCCACAGCCUGGCAGCCAGGUAUUACAACUGUGUGUCCUUUCCUGGGUGCCUAACCAGAGGGACCCAGACUCCAGGUUCCUCGAGGAUGAAGACAUUUGAAGAAUUCCCCAUGAUCCCUACAACCUACAAAGCCUCCGUGGAUAACCAGACAGACAGCGGCAUGGUGCUGGCUUCAGAGGAGUUUGAGCAGAUAGAAAACAGGCACAGACAAGAAGGCAGCUUCAGCUGUCAAGGCCCUGGCGAGCACACGGAUAUUCCCAGAGGACAUCCUGACCCCCAGGGGAGGCGACGGCGGCCCACCCAAGGGGCACAAGGAGGCAAGGUGUUUUACAACAAUGAGUAUGGGGAGGUCUCCCAGCCAUGUACAGAAGGCGACUGCCCGUCUGCUGGCGCCCGCUUCUUCACAGACAGCAGCUACUAAGGAGACCCUCGGCAAGGCCUCCUGCCCCUUUGCUGAAACCCGGAUCUGACAGCUGGGCCCUAGCAGAGCAAGGCCGGAGGCCCAGGCUGAGAGGAGGUGUUCCCUAGCGCCCUCCUCAGCCUCCCUAGCCAGGAAGAGUCAAACCCCCACACAAGGGCUUCCCUGAACAGCAUUCCUGUGCCUCUCGUCACCCUCACCUUCACAUUCAGUUGCCCUGUCAGCUCGGCACUCACAGAUGCUGGCUACAGAAUUAGCACCCUGAGAGAGAAUCCUUCUCCGACACCCACUUCCGUCGCCCUGGUGCGUGACAGGGUUCUCAAAAGGAACACAUGCGUCUGAGAGUCACACAUUCGGGGAGUGUGGGGGGGAGGCAGAAUGAGACCAGAACCUCCACAUCCUCACCCUGCCCAACACAAUCCCCUCCACCCACAGUCCCCCAUGUCCAACUGUCUUCCUGCUUCCUUCUCCUGGCCCUCCAGGGCUGAGGAGAGAAGACCGAGUUUCCGUAUCAAAGCCGGGAAGGAGGACCAAGGGAGCAGGAGUCCUCCAAACACAGAAGUACCUCAUGGCAGCUGUUUGUAUGCAAUGACUGGAAAUGAAGCAACAUUUCUGCCCAUGAGUGUUGAGUUUAUCAGGAGACCGGGUGCUGCUGUGAAGGAUUCACUCAUCCACGAGUCACGUGGGAAAGCCCAAGGACACGGUUUUGAAUCUCGGCCCCCAACGGGGUCCUCACAGCGUGCUCAUCACCACAGCUCUCUCCCUCUCUCUCUUGAAGGCCCCCAGGCCCCACCAGCCUGGCCUAGAACCUGAUAAAACAGCUGGUGUUCUGGACCUCCCUUGCUUGGGUCUUUGCUCUAGAGCCAGAAUCUGAUAAUCUGUGGAUUCUGUCAAGGAAGACUUUGUGGGGGACUGGCACAGAGGACCACAUGGCUGGAGGGGGGGCACUCAGCCAUCACUCUAUGUCUCCGGGCCUCUUGGAGGCCCCUGCCUUCAGUUUACCUGAUACCUGUCAACCGAUCAAACCCUUGUCCUGAGAGACCCCCUCCGUGGAAGCUGGGGCCUCCCUGCUCGGAACCCCUCCAGCCCAGCUCAAACUGUCUAACCAUCACUUAUCAGAAGAAAGCCUUGGGCAGAUGAGACCCACCAAUCCCUUGCCCCAUCCCAAUAAGAACGCUUGCGGGACAGGCGACCAUACAGCAAGCAGGGGCUUGCUCGGCAGAUACUCUCCCUCCCCACCUCCCCCGCUAAAUGUAUUGUUCUUCUAUGAUACAUUGAGUGCAUGUAUGACUGUAGUCUUCUUUGUCCCCUGCGGACCCCCACCCUCACCCCCAUUCCUCCACAUCUAACCUGUCUGUGGGGUCGAGUCUCAAGCUUGCCUCACGGAAAUACAGAGACUGUUCUCUCAGAGGACCAAAGGCUGCCAAGGGCCUGCAGAGCCCUCCUCAACCCUCCCCAACGUGUGUAUCGCCUGUCUGUGUCACCUCUCCCGACUUCUAACUACACACAUCCAAAACGUACUGGGGAAGAAGACGAACUCUGUCCUCUGUCCUCUGAGGCGGUGUUCUCUGAAAUGAUCUAAGAUAUUUAACGAGAGAUAAUAAUAAAUUCGAUGCCAGUCUUUGAGUUAUAA